AUGCUUAUGUCAUUGACCCCUUAUUUUGGGGCUCGACUCUAUAUUAUGGCGCCCGACUCCCCUCGAGCCCCUACGCGCAAACGAGGGCGGCCUCGGAAGUAUGCAUCCGCCGAGCAAAGACAAGAGGCUAAGAUCAUAGCACAGCGAAACCAGCGACAAUCUGGUCGUGCUGUGGAGCGUGCGAUAGAAUUCGACCGCUUUGCCAACCUACUUUCCCCCGGCGAACUAACGAUUCCUACGGACAUUGAGCAGCUCCUACCGCCCCUCAGCCUAGGACUUAGACCACUAGACUUAUCUACAGAUAACAACCCGCCUACAAGCGAUGAGUGGCCGUUAGCUCCGCCCACUGACCUAACUGAUGAGCCAUUUCGGGCGAUAUCUCCGGAAACCCAACCAACAUGGCCUGAUCAGCGUAGCCCCAGGUUAGAAACCACAGAGACUUCGUUGCAGGUGGAUCCGCCUCUACAACGUUUGGCAUCUGCACAACCGGAAACACUAGAACCUAACGUGGCCAAUGUCAUGUGCGACUUCGCCCGACUACUUGCUGAUCAGCUCCAGCAACACCAUGGUUGCUGCUACCAGUGCCAUACGCAGCAGGAGAGUGAGCACGAACUCAAGCACGCCGAGCAUAUCAGCUUAGGAGAAUAUAUAGACCAGGUUCAGGUCGACGGGGGCUUUCCGGAUGUUCUCAGCGAUACGACCAUUGCCAGACGCGAGGACAACCUAGCAGGACAGACUAGUGCAGAACGAAAGCGUGAGAUUUAUACCGGGAUUAGUUCAGUCACGCCUGACGCUCCUCCCGCCCAUAUUUGCCUCGCUGUGGAUCAUCAAAGAGAACGCCCGACCGGGUUCUUCUUUAGUAUUAUGGCGCCCGACUCCCCUCGAGCCCCUACGCGCAAACGAGGGCGGCCUCGGAAGUAUGCAUCCGCCGAGCAAAGACAAGAGGCUAAGAUCAUAGCACAGCGAAACCAGCGACAAUCUGGUCGUGCUGUGGAGCGUGCGAUAGAAUUCGACCGGUAUUAUCCCACUACAAUACCAGCAUCCGUUUAUGUCGAUGAAGCUUUGCCAACCUACUUUCCCCCCGGCGAACUAACGAUUCCUACGGACAUUGAGCAGCUCCUACCGCCCCUCAGCCUAGGACUUAGACCACUAGACUUAUCUACAGAUAACAACCCGCCUACAAGCGAUGAGUGGCCGUUAGCUCCGCCCACUGACCUAACUGAUGAGCCAUUUCGGGCGAUAUCUCCGGAAACCCAACCAACAUGGCCUGAUCAGCGUAGCCCCAGGUUAGAAACCACAGAGACUUCGUUGCAGGUGGAUCCGCCUCUACAACGUUUGGCAUCUGCACAACCGGAAACACUAGAACCUAACGUGGCCAAUGUCAUGUGCGACUUCGCCCGACUACUUGCUGAUCAGCUCCAGCAACACCAUGGUUGCUGCUACCAGUGCCAUACGCAGCAGGAGAGUGAGCACGAACUCAAGCACGCCGAGCAUAUCAGCUUAGGAGAAUAUAUAGACCAGGUUCAGGUCGACGGGGGCUUUCCGGAUGUUCUCAGCGAUACGACCAUUGCCAGACGCGAGGACAACCUAGCAGGACAGACUAGUGCAGAACGAAAGCGUGAGAUUUAUACCGGGAUUAGUUCAGUCACGCCUGACGCUCCUCCCGCCCAUAUUUGCCUCGCUGUGGAUCAUCAAAGAGAACGCCCGACCGGGUUCUUCUUUAGUAUUAUGGCGCCCGACUCCCCUCGAGCCCCUACGCGCAAACGAGGGCGGCCUCGGAAGUAUGCAUCCGCCGAGCAAAGACAAGAGGCUAAGAUCAUAGCACAGCGAAACCAGCGACAAUCUGGUCGUGCUGUGGAGCGUGCGAUAGAAUUCGACCGGUAUUAUCCCACUACAAUACCAGCAUCCGUUUAUGUCGAUGAAGCUUUGCCAACCUACUUUCCCCCCGGCGAACUAACGAUUCCUACGGACAUUGAGCAGCUCCUACCGCCCCUCAGCCUAGGACUUAGACCACUAGACUUAUCUACAGAUAACAACCCGCCUACAAGCGAUGAGUGGCCGUUAGCUCCGCCCACUGACCUAACUGAUGAGCCAUUUCGGGCGAUAUCUCCGGAAACCCAACCAACAUGGCCUGAUCAGCGUAGCCCCAGGUUAGAAACCACAGAGACUUCGUUGCAGGUGGAUCCGCCUCUACAACGUUUGGCAUCUGCACAACCGGAAACACUAGAACCUAACGUGGCCAAUGUCAUGUGCGACUUCGCCCGACUACUUGCUGAUCAGCUCCAGCAACACCAUGGUUGCUGCUACCAGUGCCAUACGCAGCAGGAGAGUGAGCACGAACUCAAGCACGCCGAGCAUAUCAGCUUAGGAGAAUAUAUAGACCAGGUUCAGGUCGACGGGGGCUUUCCGGAUGUUCUCAGCGAUACGACCAUUGCCAGACGCGAGGACAACCUAGCAGGACAGACUAGUGCAGAACGAAAGCGUGAGAUUUAUACCGGGAUUAGUUCAGUCACGCCUGACGCUCCUCCCGCCCAUAUUUGCCUCGCUGUGGAUCAUCAAAGAGAACGCCCGACCGGGGUCACCUUUGACAUUGAUAGUAUCGUGGGGUUUGCGGAGAGCCUCGCGGUAGCGAAACUUGGCGUGCGGUGGAACCCAACUCAGAUGCCCGUCUCUGAUCUUCACUCGAGUCUCCACCUUGAUCCCCUUCGUGUACACCAUACUGGAAGCAAUGGCCGCACCCACCACGUCCAACAACCAGUACAUAACAUCCCGCAUUAUACCUUCGGGCGGUUGAUUGGAUUUGAAGAUAUUUCUCUCUACUUUCUGUUUCCGCGACUAUACCGGGAGGAGCAGCAGUCCAGCCGGCUCCGGGAUGAUGACUUUCGGGUCUGGAUGGAUCAAGUCCUCCUGCCUGCGAUCUACCAGCACUGCGAGGGAUCUCUAGUCCAGCACUAUCCUUCUAGCUUUGAUCACAGCCGGUUCAAUGCCACGGCCCGGGGAGUCGAGAUGCGCUCCCGGCGAGUGGAUCCGGUAGCUCGAGAGCAGCGUCUAUUUUAUUUCCUACCACCAGAUGCACUCCCGCUUGUAUGGGCGAAUAUCUUAGAGACUGUUCAGCGUGCUGGGUUCCAGCACUUCCUAGACGUGACUAUCCUGGUCCAGGGUAAAAACCUAAAGACAUUGACCAAAGCAAAUACGUGGAACGGUAUGAUGCAGGAGUUUGCCCAGCAUUGGGGUAACACGAUCGACGAGUCUUAUCUCUCCGAUCAAUUCUACAUCGACAUUGGGAAAGAGACCUGUCCUACUGGGCCCUCACGGGUUGGUGGUGUUGGACUUCACGCAUCUAGGCUCCAUUCGGACGGGGAGCUCCGUGCAAGCCCAGUGGUGCCACAGACCAUCCUCUGGCGGCGAUGUUGCCUAGAGUCGUAUACCGAGUGGAUCGGGCAGCAGCAUCCUCCUGGAUCCUCACGUCCAAAGCAGCAGUUUUAUCCCAUUAGUCUGCUCCACGAUACUGGCAGCCUCACAUUAGAAACGCGUCCAUCCUCACCGCAGCGGCAGGCCGGUCUCCUCUACACGCAGUUUUAUUCCAGUGUUAAGGAGGUCUUUGCGGCAGGGGAUGCUUAUCCCUUUUCUAAUCCGGCCCUAGAAACCUUGGCACUAGAUCCUCAGCUUCGUAAGACCUGGCAGUAUGUCGGGGGCGGUCUCAGCCAUGACCCAAUCGCGUUGAUCCGGGCAUAUCUGAACAUGAAACAGCGGUGCCACGCUGCCUUGCAAGGAUCUUAUAUGAAAGUAUUUGGUCUUCGCGAAGAGCACCGCAUCUCCCUCCGUCUGUUCUAUAUGAUCGAUCAGGAAUUCCGAGAGCGCAACCUUCACCAGGCACAACUUCCAGGGAUUUCGUCUGAAGUUGAGCCUUUUUACUCCCUCCUCCCUACCUCCACUCUCCUCUUCUGGUUCCACUGGAAUAUCAACAAGUUCUGCGUGGGGUUUGAGACUGUCUAUAGCAUCAAUGACCGCCAUUUUGUUACGUGGGAACAUACUCGGGUGAUGAUGAUGUUUCUGCGCUGCCUGCAAUUUUCCUAUGCGGGUGGCCUUCUACAGCGGGUGUCCGGCUGCUGGCGGGAUGUCUGGUUCCAGCCUGAUGCUCGGCGGACGGACGGCCUUCGCCGGUGUGAAGGUCUCGGAUUCCAAAGCAGCAUGGAGAAAUAUGGAUAUGCCUGGUUUCUGGAUAAGCUCAACUGGGAUACGAUGACCUUCCGACAACCGUCCGCGCAAUAUAUGAUGUUUAACAGCCCUUCGAUGCAGGCGGCGUUCCACGCACGGUACGCGCAGAUCCGAGACGUUCGUCUAGACUUCCUACGGGUGCACCAGGCCCACCGCUGGAUGGAAGAAUUUAGCUCCAUUCCUCCUUGCCUCGAUCUUCUCGCGGACUUCCUACGACAACUGUCUCUUUGUGUGUUUCGUAAGGACGUGUUUCUACAGGUCAAACGACUGUUACACCCGGACCAUGCUUCUCGGGCUCUAGCAGGAGAGGUUCCCCUUAGCUAUGACAGCAUCAGCGGCGUAUUUAUCGAGGGCGCCCAACCGUUACAGCUUCUAGAUCAGCGUCGGAUCGCGGUAAAGAGCGUGGACACUAUCUUCGCUUGGCUAUGGGAGUGGAAAGAUGGCCGUUUUGAUCGGAAGGGGUGGAAGGACAAGCCAUAUCGUAUGGUAUACCAGCAAAGCUUCGAGGCUCUCCACCAAAUUCUGGGCAAGAAUAGAGCGCGGGAGUGGAAGAAAGUCUUAAGGACUUCAUUCCUCCAAAGCCACUGGUUACUUCCAUACCCACAUAGCAAUGGAUUUAUGCGCAGGUCUAAGGAUACAGGACAGGAGGUAUGGUGGUCUAACUUCAAUGCCGGAUUGUACGAACACUACAGGCAAUGGUAUGGUGUGUCGCGAGGGGGUGACCCUUUCCCUGCCGAAUAUAUCAAACACCAUCCAACGACUGGCUGGGGCCGCUCGUCUGGCGAAUCUCAGUACAUGGAGAACGCCAUGGAACCGGAGAUGGAUCUGGUUAGGCUGCCUGAAGGGGAAUUCUAUGAGAAAUUGUUACAGAUCGCCGAUCAGUUUUCCCAGAAUCCCGAUGCCCCAGCGUGGAAGAGAAAAGCCCCGCAGACUGUCUUUCGCUUUGGUAUCAGAAUUGGAGAUGAGUCGUUGUUGAAAGCCCAGCGCAAGGCUAAAGGCACCGUGGCGCAAGACUUAUGCAUGCGAAUGAUCCAAGCCCUGGAUGAAUAUGAGGUCUUGCGACAUUCUGGACGGAUGCUCCGGCCCCGCAAGAGGCACAGACGACAAGUUCUGUUGGCCGCCGGCAAACAUCCUUGA